AUGACAGCCUACCUUCCAAUCGACAUUCAGUCUCUGCUGCCGCGCACCAGUCCCAAGACGGCUGAGCUGCCACAGGUUGGCGGCAAGGCGCCUGCUUUGCCCGCUUCGGCAAGCACGUCUUACAAUCAGGGUGCAGGCACCUUGGUUGCCUUUGUCAGACAUUGUGGGUGUCCGUUUGCGGAAAAGGAGGUGCGAUUGCUCUCUCAGGUGGCCAAGGAGAAGCCAGAAGUGCAGAUCGUAGUCGUGCAGCACUCUAGCGAAGAGGAGACCAAGGAAUGGUGGGGCAGGAUUGAUGGGCCGAAGCUGCUGCCUAAAGCAAAGCUUGUGGCCGAUCCAGAACGGGACGUCUAUGCCAACUUUGGCAUUGGGGUUCUCCCCUGGUCUGGCCUCUUCUCUCGCUCAAUGAUCAACUCGCUAAUGGAGCGCAAAAAGGAAGGCAUUGUCAAUACCACUACCGGAGGCGGAAGCUGGCGAUGGCAAAACAGCGGAGGACUAGCAGUGGAUACCAAGGGGACUGUCACGUGGGUCAAGGUGGCUCAGGAUGCUGGAGAUGUGUGCGAUUAUGUGGAGGCGGCAAAGUCAUUGUGA